GCUCAGAGUAGAGUAUCUUGAACAACUACUCCCGCCACUUUACACCGAAGCAGCUGAGUGAAAUGAACAUGCUCUCGUAGGUUUCUCUGAUUGUUUCUUUAUUAGCAUCACCAUGGCCGACUUCGUUGCUUUCGACACCAAGGAGCUCUGUGCGGUGACCCUCGUUGGGGGUUGUUCUCUCGCAGUUGUUUGCCCGAUAACGCGGUGGAGGAGUGUAGGAUGGCUUUUUGAGUUGGCUCUCCUUCUUGCGAAUCUAGUGCCGGGACCGACUGAAGGAGAACCUGGGGAUUCAAGACGGUGUCACGAUGCUGAGGUUGCCCAGUGUGAUUCUCGGGAAUGCAGUUAUCGGCUUCCUCGUUGCACAAGUUUUGUGCAUUUUAGCACAGACAAUUGGUAUAACCGCGACAGGUGCCGGAGCAACCGCGUCGAUUGAUGAGGAGGAGUUUUUCAAUGGCGUUGGUGCAUGCAUUUUCAUGUUCGCCUUUUUCUGCUGUGUCUACUUACUUUGUUGCCGUUUUCCAUCCAGCCCUUUCCGCCUGGUCUCCUUUCCGAGUUCUACUUUGUUGCCGCCAGUCUUUUCCGCUCUUGGAAUCAUCAAAGACGCCAGCGCAUCAAAGGAUUAGGAUGGCUAUUGCGCUAAUAAAUAUUUGGUUUUGGGGUCGGGGUGGAGCAAAGAGGUCGAUACUUUUCGGGGUCCGGAGUGGACUUCUGGUGCCAAGUAUACUUUGUCUCAGUAUCGGACUAAUGUUGCGCGUCGCGGCACUGUGGACAGCAGGCAGUAACUUCACGCAUCUGAUACAAACAAAGCGACAUGAGGGACAUCAGCUGGUACAGCAGGGUGCGUACAAUUACGUGCGGCACCCGUCGUAUCUGGGCUAGUUUUUGUGGAGCUUGGGCACACAGAUCGCACGCUGGAAUCCACUCAAUUUUGUGUCGUUCUUUGCGAUCGCUUACACUUUUCUAUUCAGUCGGAUCCGUGCCGAGGAGCACUACCUGCUCCGAUUUUUUGGAGAAGAGUAUGCCGAUUACGCGCGCUCAGUGCCAGCGGGGAUUCCAUGCGCCUCCCAGCUUUCCGGUUCUGCUGUAUGCCUUCGAAGAACAGAACUUCUAUCGACCUGCAAUAUUCUAACAAAAGCAGUGUCCUCGCCUACUUGUCAACAACAUUGAGGACUAAGAGAACAUAGUUCCAAACACAGGCAAGCAUAAGCUUUUUUUCCAAGAUAUACGUAAAAAUAUCUGGAUGAGAUGAAAUAUGGCGACGCCCGUUGUUGUACUGGUCUUCCCUCUUCUUCGUGUAGCAGC